CACAGGGGAAAAGGUAUCAUCAGUUCCAUCAUGACUACCCUCAUUGAUGCAAUCAAUGAAUUUGGUUUGGAUUUAAUUAAAAAAAUCAUGAAAGAGGACCAUAGGGAAAACCUCUUCAUCUCCCCACUAAGUGUCGCGGCAGCUUUGGCCAUGGUCUCAUAUGGAGCCGCAGGUGACACUGCUCAGCAGUUGGAGAAGGUCCUUCACUUCAAUGAGAUCAAUGGAACUGGAGCCCCUACGCACUUGCCUGUUUCAGGGACUCAGUGUGAUAAACCCGGAGGACAUCAUGCCCAGUUCAAGGCACUCUUAUCAGCCAUCAACCAGCAUACCAAAAAUUAUGCACUGAGUAUUGCCAAUAGGUUGUUUGUGUCAGACAGAUAUGUAUUCCAUCAGCGAUAUUUACAAUGCACAAAAGAGCUGUACAAUGCUGAGUUGGAAAGAGUUGACUUUUUGCAUGCAACUGAGGAAGCCAGUAAGAAGAUUCAUUCCUGGGUUGAAAGCCAGACAAAUGGUAAAAUCAAACCUCAUCGAUCAUUUAGUCCAUCAGACGUCUUGGUCCUAGUGAAUGCUAUAUACUUCAAAGGGAAGUGGCAGCAGGGAUUUAAAGAAGAAGACACAUGUGAAGCACCUUUUUAUACUGAUGAGACACACAGCAAAAAUGUACGAAUGAUGUUUCAGCAGGGUAAAUUUAAACUGGCUAAAAUAACAAACCCAGCAAUGCAAAUCCUUGACCUUCCAUAUGACAAUGGUGUGCUAAGUAUGAUAAUCCUUCUGCCAGAUGUCAAAGGACCUCUGUGCCAGCUCCAAAGGGAGCUCACCUAUGCAAAAUUAAAAGAAUGGACCAGUUCAGCAAACAUGCGACAACAAACAGUGAGGCUUUUUCUACCAAAGUUCAAGCUGGAAGAAAAGUAUGAGCUCAUAGAAGCUUUAAGUGAUCUUGGGAUGACUGACCUGUUUACUCGAGGAAAGGCUGAUUUAUCUGGCAUGUCAGGAAGCCCUGACCUGUUUGCAUCCAUGGCCAUUCAAACGUCUUGUAUUGAAGUCACUGAGGAAGGCACAGGGGCAACAGCUGCCUCUGGUGUGGGAAUAGUUACAAUGAGCGUGCCGCUUCCUUCUGAGUUUAGAGGUGAUCACUCAUUUCUAUUCUUUAUAAGACACAAUCCAACAGGCUGCUUCCUCUUCACUGGCAAAUAUUUCUCACCAAAAUAGGUGUUCAAAUAACAACAAGCACCUUAAUAUUUGCUGUGAACCCAAGAUGUUACAGAAUUGAAAGAAAUGAAUAUGUUCUUAAUUCAAUCUUCUAUCUGGCUUAUGUUACCACUUUCUGCCCUCUUAAGAAAAAGCACAAAAUCCCAAGAUUGAUCUCUCUUUUGCUUACCUCGGAAAACUCACUAACACACGAGUCCUUUGUGGGUCAGUCUUCUUCUGCUCUGCAGUGAGAAGGGAAAGACCAUGUACAUCUGGGCUUUAACCAGAUGAACACAUCUGUGAGGGGAGGAGAGAGCAGCACCAAUUCUAACCCCACCCUUAAAAAAGAACAGAAAAAACACCCCAAAUAAGAGAGUUGAAGAAAAUGGUGUGAUUGAUUUAAGAAAUUGCUCCAGUUUUCUCUUCUUAUGCACAACAUGUUUCAAGUAAACCAAAAUUUCAUCAUUCACACUAGUCAGCCUUGGUCUCCUGAGCGAGGAAUUCCUCCUUGUAGCACCUUAAAGAAAACCAUACCAUUGUCUUCAGCACUUUCUGAGGCUGUCUCAUUAUUACCAUUAUUGUUAUUAUGCUUAGCUGGAAGGCAACCAUUGUCUAAAUCUGGGGUGGGGAACUGGCGUUCUGGGGUUUACCCAAUUGGCCCCAUGCCUUUUCCUCCACCAUCAACUCCUUGGUGCUUUCCUCUCUUUUGAGCAGUUUCUCUCUCUUCUAAAGAAUUGAAACGCCUCUCGUACGGCUUUGUACAGUUGCCAAGU